AUGUCUUCUUUUUCUUUCUUUCUUUCUUUCUUUCUUUCUUUCUUUCUUUCUUUUUUUCUAUUUCUUCCUUUUCUAUCUUUCUUAUUUUUUCUUUUUCUUUCUUUUUUCUUUCGUCUUUAUCUUCAUUCUUUAUACUACUUUUUCAUUUUCUUUCUUUUAUGUAUCUCUUUCUUUCUCUCACCUAUUCAUCUUUUUCUUUCUUUCUUUCUUUUCUUUUCUUUCUUUCUUUCUUUCUUUCUUUCUUUUAGCUAUUUCUUUUUUUUUCAUUUUUUCUUUCUGUUUCUUCUUGCUUUCUUUCUUUCUUUCUUCCUUUCUGUUACGUAUUUCUUCUUUUUCUUUCUUUUUUUUCUGUUACUUAUUUCUUCUUCUUUUUCUUUGUUUCUUUCUUUCUUUUAUUUGUGUUGCCCCACUUAUCGGCGGUUCAUCUCACCACCCCCGACCCCUUUUUCUAUCAGCUUCUCACUAUCUAUCUAUCUAUCUAUCUAUCUAUCUAUCUAUCUAUCUAUCUAUCUGAAUCUAUUCCUAUUUAUCAUAUUCUCAUCAUCUAUCUAUCUAUCUAUCUAUCUAUCUAUCUAUCUAUCUAUCUAUCUAUCUAUGUUUUUAAAUAGACGGAUUUUACCUAUUUCUUCUUUCUUUUUUUUCUUUCUUUCUUUUACCUAUUUCUUCUUUUUCUUUAUUCCUUUUACGUAUUUCUUUUAUUCCGUGCUUUCUGUUUUUCUUUUACGUAUUUAUUAUUUCAUUCUUUCUUUUAUCGAUUCCGUUCUUUCUUUCUUUCUUUCUUUUUUCUUUCUUUUACCUUUUCUUUUUUCUUUCUUUCUUUCUUUCUUUCUUUCUUUUACGUAUGUUUUAUUCCUUUAUUUUUUGCUUUGCCUAUUUAUUCAUUGUCUUUCUUUCUUUUACCUAUUUCUUCUUUCUUUCUUUUUGUCUUUCUUUCAUUCUUUCUUUCUUUCUUUCUUUCUUUCUUUCUUUCUUUCUUUCUUUCUUUUGCCUAUACUUUCUUUUCCUUUCUUUCUUUCUUUAUUUUUUUAUCUUUAUCUUUAUUUUUUUUACCGAUUUCUUUAUUCUUUUCUUUUUUUUACGUAUUUAAUCUUUAUUCUUUCUUUCUUUCUUUUAACGACUUCAUUCAUUCAUUCUUUCUUCCUUUUACCUAUUUCUUUUUUCUUUCUUUCUUUUACAUAUUUCGUUUUUUUCUUUCUUUCUUUUUUCCUUUCUUUCUUUAUUUCUUUCUUUUACCUAUUUAUUAUUUUCUUUCUCUGUUUCUUUUUUCUUUCUUUCGUUUUUCUUUAUUUCUUUCUUUCUUUCUUUUACCUAUUUCUUUUUUGCCUAUUUUUCUUUUCCUCUAUUUCUUUUACCUAUUUCUGCUUUAUCUUUCUUUCUUUUUCUUUCUUUCUUUCUUUCUUUUACCUAAAUCUUUUUUUCGUUUUUCUUUCUUUUACUUACCUCUUUCUUUCUUUCUUUCUUUCUUUCUUUCUUUCUACAGUUCAUCUCUCCACUUCAAAGGCGCGAGUUUUCUGUAUUGUAAAUUAUUAA